UUCUAACCAAAGACAAAUGUCACUGAUGUUACAUGUCAUUUAAUAUUUUGGUUUUGACUUGGGCAAAGUAGUAGAAAUACUUCAUUGAAUUUUGGGUUUUUAGUUUAUCAUAAUAAUUGGAUAAUAAUAAAAAUGAAUAUCAUGAAUGAAAUAGUUGCUGAAGAAUUAACUUCUUCACAAUUAAAACAAAUCCUACAGGAUCGCUAUGGACUACCACUUAAUAGUUAUUAUCUACUUCACAAUGGAAAAAUAGUUGAUUCAAUCACUAUUCUUGAAAAUGAAAUGAUUGGUUCACUUAAAAUUGUGCCAAGAAUUUUGGGUGGUAAAGGUGGAUUUGGUUCAAUGCUAAGGGCUAUUGGAGCUCAAAUAGAAAAGACUACUAACAGAGAAGCGUGUAGGGAUCUAAGUGGAAGACGUUUGAGAGAUAUUAAUGAAGAACAAAGAUUAAAAAACUGGAUAAACCAACAAGCCGAGAGAGAAAAGGAAGCCAAAGAGAGAAAAAAGAAAAAACUAGAAAAAGCAUGUCAACUGCCUAAACACGAAUUCAAUGAUACAGAAUAUGAUAAAGAAAGAUCUGCUCUUCCAGAAGCAGUAGAAGAUGCUGUACUUCAAGGUCUUCUUGCUUCUACUAGUAGUGUAUCUACAAAAAGGAAAAGCAAACAAGAAGUUGUUAAAAAGAAAAAACCUAAACUUUGGGUUGAAGAUGAGUUGGAUGAUGAUCUUAGUUCUAGUGGAAGUGAAAAAGAUGAAUCUAGCAAUAGCACUAAAGAAGAAGAAAAGGAAAUUAAAAAUAAUAAAACUGAAACCCUGCUGGAAAUUCCUUCAGUAAUCCCAUCAACAACUGAAAAAAAGAUAGAAGGACAUAGUUUGACCAUAGAAAAUAAAGAAAAAGAAUCAUGAUUUAUACUAUUUGGUAGAUUAAACUGUGGCUUACUCUGUCAGUCAAAUAGAAAAUUAGUUGAUACUACAAAUGACUGAAUAGAUGGUGACUGUUUAAAACAUUUUAAUUUUUGGAAUAAAAAUAAUUAUUUUUUAAGUUAAUUAAUUUAAUUUUAGACAUUAUAAAAACUAUUAAUUUUGUGAAAUAAAAACAAGUUAUACGAAUUUAAAAUGUAUUUUUACAUAAGUUAUUCAUCAUUCUCCAUUUCACCAGUAUCAACAGUACUGCUUUCCUCCAUUUCGCCAGUAUUGACAGUAUUGUUUUCCUCCAUAUCAACAGUAGUGUUUGUCUCCAUUUCUUCAUCUCUAGAUUGAUUUUCUGUUUCAUCCAUCCUUUCAAUUUCUUCAGUGUCUGAAGGUUGUUCUUGAAUCUGUGUGGAAACUUCAACCGAUUGAUUUUCAACGGGUUCAUCUUGAAUAGGUAUUGGGAGCUGUUGUUUUCCUGAAUCUUCAUCUUCACUAUCUGUGUCUCUAUCUUCUCCGGGAUGUGACGAAAUAAAGCCGUCAUGAGAUUUUAAAUGAAUAUCGCCAGGUUUGUCCCAUUUGUUUUCAGACUGAAAAUAAAUAC